CCGUCCAGCGCCGCGGGCACGGCCUCGGCCGCUCAGGGCCCCGCCGCUGCCGCCUCCUCCGCCGCCGCCCCCACCCCGCUUCUGCCCGGGGCCGGCGGGAAGCUGGAGCCCGAGAACAAGUACCUGCCCGAGCUGAUGGCCGAGAAGGACAGCCUCGACCCGUCCUUCACGCACGCCAUGCAGCUCCUCACCGCAGAAAUUGAAAAAAUUCAGAAGGGUGAAACAACAAAGAAGGAUGAGGAAGAGAACUACCUGGAUUUAUUUUCUCACAAGAAUAUGAAACUGAAAGAACGAGUUCUGAUACCUGUCAAACAGUACCCCAAGUUCAAUUUUGUUGGAAAGAUUUUGGGACCUCAAGGCAACACCAUCAAGAGACUUCAGGAAGAAACUGGUGCGAAGAUAUCCGUGCUUGGGAAGGGCUCAAUGCGAGAUAAAGCAAAGGAGGAAGAACUACGUAAAGGGGGAGAUCCUAAAUAUGCUCAUCUAAAUAUGGAUUUGCAUGUUUUCAUUGAAGUUUUUGGACCCCCUUGUGAAGCGUAUGCUCUGAUGGCUCAUGCCAUGGAAGAAGUCAAGAAGUUCCUUGUCCCAGAUAUGAUGGAUGAUAUCUGUCAGGAGCAAUUCUUGGAGCUCUCCUAUCUGAACGGUGUACCAGAGCCAACUCGUGGCCGAGGAGUCCCUGUGCGGGGAAGAGGAGCAGCUCCGCCACCACCUCCACCUGUUCCAAGGGGCCGUGGUGUUGGGCCUCCUCCUCCUCCUCCUCGGGGGGCCCUGGUGCGAGGAGCCCCGGUGCGGGGUGCCAUUGCCAGAGGAGCUGCCGUAGCCCGCGGAGUGCCUCCUCCCCCGGCAGUACGGGGGGCUCCUGCACCCAGAGCACGUGCAGCCGGCAUUCAGAGGAUACCGCUUCCUCCUCCUCCCGCACCAGAAACCUACGAGGAAUAUGGCUAUGAUGAUGCAUACGCAGACCAGAGCUAUGAGGGUUACGAAGGGUACUACAGCCAGGGCCAAGGGGACACAGAAUACUAUGAUUAUGGACACGGGGAGGCACAGGAAACCUAUGAAGCUUAUGGCCAAGAUGACUGGAAUGGAACAAGGCCCUCCCUGAAGGCCCCGCCAGCUAGGCCGGUGAAGGGGGCCUACAGAGAGCACCCAUACGGACGUUACUAAAAACAAACAUGAGGGAAAAAUAUCAGUUAUGAGCAAACAGUUGUUACUGAUUCUUGUAUCUCCCAGGAUUCCCGUUGCUUUACCCACACCAGACAAGUAAUUGUCUAACUGUUUUUCUUCGUGGCCCUUUUUCUCCCACUCCAUCCUCACCCUGCAUUCUGGCUUCUGUACGUAGUAUUUUAAAAUGAGUUAAAAUAGACUUAGAGGACCGACUUUAAUUUUUUUUAAGUGUGUAGAUUGCUUCUCUUUCUUUGUUGUUUAGAUAACACAACUGUACCUUUUUUAAUAAAAAAAAAAAAGUUGAGUUAAAAAUGUUAGUUUCUAAAGUGACAUGCUUGCUUAGCAGUUAUGAAAUUAAGGUUUUGUUAACCUUUUAAGUUCGGUUUUAAGGAACCCAUAAAAGUUGUAGUUGCAGAAUCCCAAAGUAGGCUACAUUUCAAAAUUCAGGGCUGUUUUUAAGAAUUAAAAUCAUAAUGUAACGGUAGUAGUUGCCACCGUUUAAAAGUAACCUCAGAUGUCAAACUUUACUUAAAAGCAGAUUGCUGGUGAAUCUUAAGUUUAAAUUUUAAUACGAAGGAUCCUCAAGCAAAUUAAAUAGCAUUUUUUAAAGGUGAUUGACUUAAAAGAAAAAAUUAGGUUUGUAAAAUUGACUUUCCUUAUGUGGGUUUUGAAAUCUAGCCCCGAACAUGCGGUGUUGAGAGAUGCUUGGGAAGCAGAUUUUCCAGUGUAAAAGGGGUUCUUAGCUUGGUUCGAUAUGAAGAACUUUUAAAAGGAAAACAAAUUAAAGCAUGGCUCUAAUUGCCCGGUGUUUGAUAUUAGAAAACAGAGUACUAAGUGAGUAGGUUUGAACUCUGUAAAGUUACAGUCUUCUCAUGUUUAUAGGGUUUGGGGCAGAUAGUACAGUGCAAGUUUAAAACCGACAAAACUGUCGGUAUUAGCAAUCCCAUUGACUUGUUCAAGUGUAUCUCAACACUAGCUUUGCAUAAAAAGGGACACUGCAGCUGAAAAAAUGAGGAAAAAUUUCACGUUGUACAUAGGUUAAAGUCCUAAUUGGAUUUGUACACUGUCCUCCCAACUCUGUUCUUGAAGAUUAAAUGCUACAUGUGUAAGUCUGCCUAAAUAGGUAGCUAAAACUUGUCAAAAUGUCUGCCGCAGUUUGUCAAUAAAGUUUAGUCCUUUUUUAAUCAAAGUAAAUGUGAUGAAUUGUCAUUUUUUUGUUGAGCAGUAAAAUAGCUAUUAUUUUUUCAAAUAAUUUUAAAUUAAUGCUAAAGCUAAUUGUCUUUUUAAAAUAUGGAGACAUUCUAAAAAUGGUGUUUUUUUGCAAUUCUUACAAAAAGUUUAUCGAGCUCACUGAAUGAGCUUAAUUUAAAAAAGAAGGAAAAGA